AUGUCUGAAAUAACGCGACUCGAAGAAGAAAUGGGAUGCGAGACGAAGAAUGUUGGCUAUGAUUUCGUGAGAUUUGCCCUCAUCGUCUAUGUCGGCACUCCGAUCGCCUUUUUGGGAAUCUUUUGCAAUUUUAUUUUACUUCGUCUUUUCUCGAAAACUCGCUCAAGACGAUCACCCACUUUGUAUUUGUUAACAUUGGCAAUUCUCGAUUUUCUCAUCGACCUUCUCUACAUUCCUUUUUUCACAGUUGACGCAUUGGCGAUUUACGGGGAGAACGAGUUCUUGCACGAGCUCUGGCAUCAAUACGCAAUGCUGCUGUAUGGAACGGCGAGAAUGGUGCAAUUCGCGGCCACGUAUGUCGUUCUGUGCGCGACGAUCGAGCGUUUCAUUGUCGUCGCCGGGAUUCACUCGUUGGAUUUCCUCGUUAACGAAUUCGGUCGUUACUGCACGAUCGGCGUCGUUCUUUUCGGCGUAUUCAUCCUCCGAAUGCCAGCUUUUUUCGAGUACCGAAUCAAAUAUUUGCCUGAUUGUCCGGCUUUUCAGAACUAUGAAUUCGUGGCGCUGUUGCAAGGCUGGGAACAGUAUAAUAUCUACAAUUUCUACGUGAUGACUGUCCUACAGAUAUUCGUCCCGUUUGCUCUGCUUUUGUUGCUGAAUGUCUCGAUUGUGGCUGUGACAAAGAGAAAGCUCCGACAUAUCCACUGGGCGGCCACCACUUUCAUCGAUAUGCCAAAGAUUAGCGAAUUGAUAAGAAAAGAAUCGAUUUCCUCGGCGAAAAAGCGACGCGAUGAGCUAAAAUACGCAACGUGGACAAUGGUUUCGAUCGUGACAUCGUACCUCUGUUGCUCGGCUUUCUCAUUGUUCAUCUCGAUCAUGGAGAACUAUUUCGAGGAUAACUCGUUAAUGAAAAACGAGGAUGGAUCGAGUACCGUUUUCUACACGCUCACCUCGGAUGUGUGCUCAAUUUUGGUGGCUCUAAACUCGUUGCUUCGCAUUUUCAUCUAUAUGCUCUGUUCGCCAUCGAUUCGACACGAAUUGAUAAAAGUGUGCCCGUUGUUCACGAUUUUCCAAGGUCGUUUCUCCAAAAAAUCCCUCCUCUGCUAUCAUCGUCAAUUCAAGAAAAUGAACAACAACAACACCCAUCACAAUAACAAUCAUUUGUUGACUGACGGAUAUGACAAUAAUCUGAUCAUUGCCGGUUUCGAUCAUCAUGCGCAAAUGCUG